GGCCCCCGCCCAGCGCGUGGGCCGGGCCGCCGCCCCGCCCCCCGCUCCUCCCGCCGGGCGCCCCGCGGGGCCGGGGGCAGCCGGGGCGCUGAGCGGGAGUUUUCGGUUCGGCCGGGCGCGGAGAGAGACAGAGGCAGGCGCUCGAGCUGUGUCUGCGAGUACAUGAAUGCCUGCAUGUAAUAGCUUCUCUUUCUCAACCUUUUGACCGUGUCCCAACACUGGAAGAUUGCAUCUGAAACAUAGCUGUACUGGGAGCGUGUUUUACAGCAAGAGCUCUGUCAUCAUGUCAGUCAGCGUCCACGAGAACCGUAAAUCCCGGACUAGCACCGGCUCCAUGAACAUCUUGCUUUUUCACAAAGCUUCCCACCCAGACUGUGUCUUGUCUCAUCUGAACACCCUACGAAAGCACUGCAUGUUCACUGAUGUCACCCUUUGGGCAGGAAACAGGUCAUUCCCCUGUCAUCGGGCAGUGCUGGCUGCCUCCAGCAGGUACUUCGAAGCCAUGUUUAGCAACGGCCUCCGGGAGAGCCUGGAUGAUGAGGUGAACUUCCAUGACAGCCUCCACCCAGAGGUGCUGGAGCUAUUGUUGGACUUUGCUUAUUCUUCUCGGAUCAUCAUCAAUGAGGAGAAUGCAGAGUCCCUUCUGGAGGCUGGAGACAUGCUGCAGUUCCAUGAUGUCCGAGAUGCAGCAGCUGAGUUUCUGGAGAAGAACCUCUACCCUUCCAACUGCCUGGGCAUGAUGCUGCUCUCAGAUGCUCAUCAGUGCCGGCGGCUUUAUGAGCUCUCCUGGAGGAUGUGCCUUGUCAACUUUGAGACUGUUCACAAGAGUGAAGAUUUCAACAACCUUUCCAAGGACACUCUGCUGGACCUCAUCUCCAGUGAUGAGCUGGAAAUUGAGGAUGAAGAAAAGGUCUUUAAGGCUGUCAUUCAGUGGGUGAAAUAUGAUCUGGAUGAGCGUAAGGCUUAUCUCCCAGAACUUCUGAGGAAUGUUCGUCUGGCCUUGCUUCCUUCUGAAUGCCUGAAGGAAGCCUUGGCUUGUGAGGACUUGAUCAUGGUGGAUGAAAGGAACAAGCUUGUCUUGGAUGAAGCUAUUCAGUGCAAGAAGAAGAUCCUGCAGAAUGAUGGGGUGGUCACCAGUCCCUGUGCCAGGCCUCGCAAAGCUGGGCACACCUUGCUGAUCCUGGGAGGACAAACCUUCAUGUGUGAUAAGAUCUACCAAGUCGAUCACAAAGCAAAGGAAAUUAUCCCCAAAGCAGACCUGCCGAGUCCACGGAAGGAAUUCAGUGCUUGCGCCAUCGGCUGCAAAGUAUAUAUCACUGGAGGCAGAGGGUCAGAGAACGGGGUCUCAAAAGACGUGUGGGUGUAUGACACUGUUCAUGAGGAGUGGUCAAAAGCUGCCCCAAUGUUAAUAGCUCGGUUUGGGCAUGGCUCAGCUGAAUUGGAAAACUGCCUGUAUGUGGUUGGUGGACACACUGCGGUAGCUGGAGUCUUUCCUGCAUCUCCUUCUGUUUCCUUGAAGCAAGUAGAGAAGUAUGAUCCUAUAUCCAACAAAUGGACAAUGGUGGCUCCUUUGCGAGAUGGAGUGAGCAAUGCUGCGGUGGUGAGUGCUAGGCUCAAGCUUUUUGUCUUUGGUGGGACCAGCAUUCACCGAGACAUGGUGUCCAAAGUCCAAUGCUAUGAUCCAGCUGAGAAUCGGUGGAUGAUCAAAGCCGAGUGCCCGCAGCCCUGGCGCUACACGGCAGCUGCUGUCCUAGGCAGCCAGAUUUUCAUCAUGGGAGGAGACACAGAGUUCACAGCAGCAUCCGCCUACCGCUUUGACUGUGAAACGGACCAGUGGACACGCAUUGGGGACAUGACAGCCAAGCGCAUGUCAUGCCAUGCUUUGGCCUCAGGGAAUAAACUGUAUGUGGUGGGAGGUUACUUUGGGACUCAAAGGUGCAAAACGCUGGACUGCUACGACCCUAUGUCAGACACAUGGAACUGUAUCACAACGGUGCCUUACUCGCUCAUCCCCACAGCUUUUGUCAGCACCUGGAAGCACUUGCCAUCAUGAUGUGGCUCAGGGCUUGGGGGCUUGUAUCCAGGAAGUCAAUAAGGUGCCCAAGUCAAAUCCACAUCCCCUGUCCCACUGUUGGAGCCAACACAGUGACCGUGUACCCUCCUAUCCUGCACAGGACUCCAAGGAGCCUUUUGCACCCCUUCCUGGCACCAGGAGCAGGAGGCACAGCCAGCCCAACGCUAUGGGGACACCAAGAGCCACUCAGCCCUGCCACCAUCCGCUGCAUGGUGACAGCAAGGAGCAGGGAAUGGGGGACAAGGGGACAGCUCGUGGGCACCAUUGGCCCAAUGGGACUGGAAAGAUUGCAGGUGUGCACCAGGCUCCAUCCCUUCGCCAGCACAGCAUGGGGAGCCAUUAGGUGCUUUUUGUUGCUCAUUUAGGGGGAAAAAGAUAUUAACAUUUUUUUUAAAGACAUUGAACUUGGCCAUUGGCAAUGGCUGCGGUUUGGUUGACUUGGGAGUGUUUCUAAAGGAAAAAGGGGUUGAGAGCACCUGGCUCAUCCCAUCCUCUGGCCGCUCUUUGGAGGCGAUGGCUAGUGAAACAUUAAAGCAUGGGAGCUGGGGUGGCUGCCAGCAGUGCCAGGUACCACAGUGAAAUGGGGCAGGUGCCUUUUGUUUUGCACUUUGGACCCUUUUAAAUUUUUUUCCCCCUUUCCUUGCUGCAGCAGGUUGCAAUUAGGUCGGAGGACACGCAGCUUCCUGUGUGCAGCUGCUGGGUAGAGCACAGCAGCUCUAAUAGUGUGCCAAGGCACCAGCACUGCUACUGAGAUAUUCACCAGAUAAAACCCACUGAGUGCUCAGAGCCAGGCUUCUAAAUUUCCCUGCCACACUUGCUGAGCAGUGCGUGGGUGAGGGCGUAAUUAGCAAACAAGCAGAAAGAGAGGUACAGCGGGGCAAAGCUCACACCUUGGGAGGGGGCAUCUUGCCUCUAAUGGGGCCUUGUGGGGGAAAGCGAGUGGACUAGGGGAAGCAUCCUGGGGCUGGCAGGGUGAGCUGGGGAGGGAUCCUCCUCCUUCCUGCUGUGCCAUGCAUCCUGCCUUCUUGGAGAGAGAUGAACAUUUCUAGCUGCACACUUACCUGCCAAUGGUUGGACUGUAGCUGCCCCAGGUUCUCUGCACACCCUGGCUGAUGACUAUAUUUGGGUUUAUCCAUGCAAGAGCUGUCAGCCCAAGCCACUCCUCAUUCACGGUAUGGAGGAAGGCACGUGGAUUUUGGCAGUCAGUACAGGGAUGCAGCUCCUGGCUGGCCUCUUCCAGGGCUGGUCUCCAACAAAGGCUGGUCCUGCACUGUCCCAGCAUCCUGCUUCCCUCUGCAGCAGAUCUGGUCCUGCAGAUGCUCCGGGCUUGCCCUUGGAUUAGGUUAAGCUGUAGCCUGGCCAGCUGAAUGAUGCAAUGUGAUGAAAAGCCUUGACAUGGCUUCAAACAACAAAGGUCUUUUCAGAACAGCAAGCGCUCAUUGCUGCCGGGAAGAACACACUUUGUGCUCAGCCAGUCUGUGAUGCUCUGAAUGACGUUUAUUUA